ACGCUAUCCACUCUCUCUCUCUCUCUCUCUCUCAAAAUUCUAAGAAACAGUUCUUAGAAACUAGUUUAUUUGUGGGAGAGGGGCAUUUUGGGCAUCUUAGAGAGAGCAGAGUAUAAGGAAAGAGGGGGUAUUGCGGGAAGGAGAAAGGAGAAGGUGAAGAGCCAAAAAAGAAAAAAAAUGGCGUCUUUGGUAUCGAGGCAAGGGAGGCAAUUGCAGCGUUAUAGCAGUAAUGGGCGUAGGCUCGUUGUGGGAUGCAUCCCUUAUAAGUUGAGCACAAAUAGUACAUGCUCUGAUGAUCUACAUAGUGCAGUGGAAGUACUAGUUAUUAGUUCUCAGAAAGGACAUGGUGUGAUGUUCCCAAAGGGAGGAUGGGAGACCGACGAGACAAAGAAACAGGCGGCCUUGCGAGAGGCAUUGGAGGAGGCCGGCGUGCAAGGAAAUGUCGAGAGAAGAUUAGGCAAAUGGAAGUACAAGAGUAGGAGGCAUGACUCCCUUCAUGAGGGUAUAAUGUUUCCGAUGAAUGUGACCGAGGAAUUAGUUCAAUGGCCCGAGAUGGAUGUGAGAGAAAGAAGAUGGGUCACGGUGGCGGAAGCGAGAGAGAAAUGCGAGCACAUAUGGAUGAGAGAAGCGUUAGAGAGAUUAGUUCGAAGGCUCGAGAACUCGAGCAGGAAUUGAUUGUAUAUAAUUCUCAGGAAAUUAAUAUCCUCUCCUUAGUAACUAUAAUUAAAAGGAAAUGGAUGCAGGAGAGGUUGUAUUUUUCAGUUGAUCUAAUGAAAAACUAGUUGUAGCAAUGCUCUUUUUUAGUUAUUAAUUUCUUUAUUUUUUUUUUAA